AUGAGGAUAGUAUUAUUAAUAAUUGUAAUGUUCACAUUAUACAAUGUAACAACAUCUUAUGCAUUCAAUAACAAUAACAUCAAUAAUCAAACACUUAAUAAUUUGAUUGAUAAUAUAUUGUCAGAGUGCUAUUCCGAUGGACAAUGCUUUGGCGAGACAUGGGGCAUUACAAUCGAUCAGUAUAACCCAUCGACAAAGUCAAUAGAGUCUGUCUACAGUUUGAACUCGUUGACAGCAUUGACACCUGCAUCAAACACAAAGCUCUUCACAACCAGUGCAACAUUCUUAACGUUGGGCGAACAAUACACGAUAUCAACGCCAUUCUAUACCGACGCACCACUUCAAGUUGGCCAGACUGUCAACACACUCUGUGUCCGCGGUCAGGGCGACCCAUCGAUCACAUUCGCCGACUUGACUAGUGCCGCCAACGCAUUCGCUCACGCCAAUGGCAUCAACCAACUCGUCGUGGACGUCUCGUACUAUGAGGGCGACCCCAUCCCCCAGAGCUGGGAGUGGGAGGACUUGACUGCCUCGUAUGGCGCCCUGCCAACUCCAUUGAUCGUCAAUGAGAACACCAUCGUGAUCACAGUGUACCCAGGCUCAGCAGUUGGACAAAAGCCAUCGAUCACCUAUGACAAUCAGUUCAACGCACAGUACAUGAUGCCAAUCACAACAAACUCGGCCACCACGGGACCCAAGUCCUCAUUCACUACGCUCAAGUAUGAUUACACACUGGGCACACCCAAUCUGGUCUUCACUGGCUCAAUCCCAGUCAAUCAUACUCAGGGCAUGCAGUACUAUGUUCCCAUCUUGACACCAUCCGACUACUUUAUGAAGACAUUCUCGCAGAUGUUGGGCGGAGCAUCCAAUGGUGUCAAUACUCCAACGCAGGCAGUGUAUGGCAAGUGUGAGGACACUAUGUAUCCCUCGUACGUCAUUCAUUCUGAGCAUUUGGUCGACCUGCUCAACUGGACAUUGCAGACCAGUGACAACCUGUAUGCCGAGAGCUUCCUACGCAUACUUGGUGCCUUUUUCAAUCAGACGAUUCACUCCAACUCCACAGACACGGCCGAACGUGGCCUCGCCUACGUCCAACAAACUCUCCAAGACAUGGGUGUCGACACAUCCCUGUUUGAGCAGGUCGAUGGAAGUGGCCUCUCUCGUCAGAACUUCAUCACGACACGUGCCAUCAUCCAGGUGCUCGAGGCAGCGUUCCUCAACGUGGGCGAUCCCAACCACGACUACUUCACGUUGUUGCCAGUGGCUGGCGAGUCUGGCACACUCCAAUAUCGUUUCGUCAACACUCCCGCCCAAUCAAUCGUGCAUGCCAAGACUGGUUCGAUGACUGGCGUCUCUGCAUUGUCUGGAGUGAUCGCGCCCAAGGGCCUGCCCUACACCGACUGGCCAGUGUUCUUCUCGAUUGUUGCCAACAAUGCCAACCGCGCCAACAACGGUCUGAUCGACACCAUCAUGGACAAGAUUGUGGUGGCCGCCUCUGAGUAUGCCAUUCAACUUCAG